AUGGGCACUAGGAAAAAAGUUCAUGCAUUUGUCCGUGUCAAACCCACCGAUGACUUUGCUCACGAAAUGAUCAAAUACGGAGAUGACAAUAAAAGCAUUGAUAUUCACUUAAAAAAAGAUCUUCAGAGAGGAGUUGUCAAUAACAAGCAGACAGACUGGUCGUUCAAGCUGGAUGGAGUUCUCCACAAUGCCUCCCAGGACUUAGUUUAUGAGACAGUUGCAAAGGAUGUGGUUGCUCAAGCCCUCGAUGGAUACAAUGGUACCAUCAUGUGUUACGGGCAGACAGGAGCCGGCAAGACAUACACCAUGACAGGGGCAACUGAGAAUUACAAGCACCGGGGGAUCCUUCCUCGUGCCCUACAGCAGGUUUUUAGGAUGAUCGAAGAACGCCCCACACAUGCCAUCACUGUGCGUGUUUCCUACCUGGAAAUCUACAACGAGAGUCUCUUUGAUCUCCUGUCCACUCUGCCCUAUGUCGGACCAUCAGUCACACCAUUGACCAUUGUGGAAAACCCUCAAGGGGUCUUCGUUAAGGGCUUGUCAGUCCACCUUACAGGUCAGGAGGAGGAUGCCUUCAGCCUCCUUUUUGAGGGAGAGACCAACAGGAUUAUCGCCUCCCACACAAUGAACAAAAACUCAUCCCGGUCACACUGCAUUUUCACCAUCUACGUGGAGGCCCAUUCACGGACUUUAUCAGACGAAAAGUACAUCACUUCCAAAAUUAACUUGGUGGAUCUAGCGGGCUCAGAAAGGCUGGGGAAGUCUGGGUCGGAGGGCCGCGUGCUGAAGGAAGCCACCUACAUCAACAAGUCGCUAUCAUUCCUGGAGCAGGCCAUCAUUGCCCUCGGGGACCAGAAGCGGGACCACAUCCCCUUCCGGCAAUGCAAGCUCACCCACGCCCUGAAGGACUCGUUAGGGGGAAAUUGUAAUAUGGUCCUCUUGACGAACAUCUAUGGAGAAGCUGCCCAGUUGGAAGAGACGCUUUCUUCCCUGCGGUUUGCCAGCAGGAUGAAGCUGGUCACCACAGAGCCUGCCAUCAACGAAAAGUAUGAUGCUGAGCGAAUGGUCAAGAACCUGGAGAAGGAGCUGGUGCUGCUCAAGCAGGAGCUGGCCAUCCAUGACAGCCUGGCCAACCGUACCCUUGUGAACUAUGAUCCCAUGGAUGAAAUCCAGAUUGCUGAGAUCAACUCCCAGGUGCGGAGGUACCUGGAGGGGACGCUGGAUGAGAUUGACAUCAUCAACCUCAGACAGAUCCAGGAGGUGUUCAGCCAGUUCCGGGUAGUGCUGAGCCAACAGGAGCAGGAAGUGGAGUCCACUUUGCGCAGGAAAUACACCCUCAUAGACAAGAAUGACUUUGCCGCCAUCUCUGCAGUCCAGAAGGCAGGGCUUGUGGACGUUGAUGGCCACCUAGUGGGUGAGUCUGAUGGACAAGGCUUCGGACUCGGGGUCAUCCCUUACUCUACCAAACCUGGGAAGAAAUCCAAGUCCAAGAAGAUGUUCAAAGAACAGCUCAGCUCCUCAGCAAAAAAGGAAGGUGCCAGCAGCCCUGUGAGUGGCAAGGAUUUGGAGGUCUCUACCUCCAAGACCCAGCUGACCCUGUCCUCCAAGGAGGGGGAUGUCAAAGAGCUGCCUCUGCGGGACCGGGAGACCUCCAGCAUUGAGCCUCUUCCCUCAGACUCCCCGAAGGAGGAAUCACGCCCACCCAGGCCCAGUACCCCACCCCCCAAACCUGUGGCCUUUGAGGACUUUAAGAAUGAGCGGGGCAGUGAGAUCAACCGCAUCUUCAAAGAGAACAAGUCCAUCUUGAACGAGCGGAGGAAAAGGGCCAGUGAGACCACACAGCGCAUCAAUGCCAUCAAGCGGGAGAUGGACAUGACCAAGGAGGCACUAAAUUUUCAGAAGUCACUCCGGGAGAAGCAAGGCGAGUACGAGAACAAGGGGCUGAUGAUCAUCGACGAGGAGGAAUUCCUGAUGAUCCUGAAGCUGAAAGACCUCAAGAAGCAGUACCGGGCUGAGUAUCAGGACCUGCGUGACCUCAGGGCUGAGAUCCAGUACUGCCAGCACUUGGUGGAUCAGUGUCGCCACCGCCUGCUCACGGAAUUUGAUAUCUGGUACAACGAGUCCUUCUUCAUCCCCGAGGACAUGCAAGUGUCACUGAAGCCAGCUAGUGGCAUCCGGCCAGGCAUGGUGCCUAUCAGCAGGCUCGUGGCUCUGGGAGAAGAUGACCAGGACAAGUUCAGCCAGCUGCAGCAGAUGAUGCUGCCAGAGGGCCCUGACUCCAUCUCCUUCUACAAUGCCAAAGUCAAGACAGAACAGAAGCGCAAUUACUUGAAAACCAUGAUGGGCCUCCAGCAGGGACACAGGAAAUAGGGACUAAUCGCCAAUACCUUAAAGGACAAGACUCCCAGGAACCCCCGCCUGCUCUAUAUGGGCUGCUAAACCACCUGCCCAGAGCUCCAAAUGCUCUGCUCCGAGGCUGGGGCCCAGCACAGAGAACUCACGAGGGCCUGCCUGCCUCCCAAUGCAAACAUCCUUCACAGGACACCCUUGCUCAUCUUCAUAGAACACUUUUGGUUUCAGUUCACUGUUUUAUAUGCAGGGACAGGAUAAACUAAUUUUCCAGUCUGGACUUUUGAUGCUCACUCAAGAACUUGCUUUUAUUUCCUGUCCAGGAGGAUGUCUUCCCUGUGUACAGGUGGGGUCAGAGCUGAGUCUCCAGUAAGAAGGUGAAAAAGUAGCUUAGCCACCCUCCUCCUGGCCCGGCUUUGUCCCACUGGCCAGCCCCUUUCCUUCUCU